AUGACGUCUGUCGACGGCGAGGAAAUCAUAAAGGCACUUGAACUACGCUUCGGAAGACCGGAAUUGCUGCUUCGAGCUUUGAUCAACGAAAUCAAGUACCUUCCGGCGGUGUCUGACUGGUCAGCAUUCAUCGAAUUCGACGGUGUUGUUCGUAACCUGGCCGCUGGAGUUAAAAGUUUGAAACAACAUCUCUACAACCCGGAGCUUUUGGGGUUGCUACUACAAAAGCUGCCACAAUAUCAAGUCAUGAUGUGGGGUCGACAUAUUACGGAGCGCGGUAUUGAUGAUCCAACUGUACUGGAUUUUGCGGCGUGGAUGGAGCAAACAUCAAAAUACGCUUCGUCUAUCAAUUGCACCCUGGCAGCCGGUGGAUUUUUCGACGCACCGAUCCAAUAUGGACAGUCAAACAUAAGGACGGACACUCGAAAAGGCGAAUUGAAAAAAUGUGGCGUCUGCCACAAAGAUGUUCAUGACGUGACGAUGUGUGAGAUGUUCAAGUCCGCCGAACCGAAGCGAAGAUUUCAAAUAGCUAUUGAAUCGAAGCUAUGCUUUUGUUGCUUGCGCACGCAUAGCGGACGUUGCGACAGACGGCAACAAUGUCCAGUUGAAGGAUGCAGCCGGUACCACCAUGCCCUGUUGCAUAAAGGAGAAGCAACAGCACCUCUACCUGCACCGCAAAACAAUCCCAGCGUCAACGUGAUGAAGUACGAUCAUCGCAUCCUUCCCCAAGCCCUGUUGAAGAUACUAACAGUGAAGGUUCGUGGUCCCAAAGGUGUAAUUGAGAUUCCUGCCCUGAUCGACGAGGGAUCAAAUUUGACGAUUUUGGAUGCUGGUGUUGCCAAAAUCUUGGGUAUAUCUGGCAGCAACAAACGGCUUUGUUUCACUUUGAUGAACGGAAUGAUGCAAGUGGAUGAAACUUCAGAAGACGUUCAAAUUGAAGUAGGCGAGAAUCUAGCGGAAAAACGUUUCUACAAUCUGGCAGGAGUUAGGACCGUCCGGAAGCUUAAUUUGGCUGGUCAGCGAGUAAACGUUCCAGAGCUGGUGUCUCGUUAUCCGUAUGUGAACAGAGCUGAUUUGAAGUGCUUGAAUGGAGAAUCACCUUUACUGCUGAUUGGACAACCUCACAUCAACGUUAUCAAGACGACGGAAGUCUAUCAAUCUGAUGCUACUGCCCCGGCUAUUUCGAAGUGUUUCUUGGGAUGGGUAGUCCAUGGGCCAAUGAUGGUGAGUACUGGUGGAGAUUGUCCAGGCACCGUGAAUCUAUGCUGUCAAGCUGAAGAAAAUCUCCACGAUCUGGUGACGUCGUACAUUAUGCUUGAAAACAUGGGAGUGGUGAUCAACAAACCAGAUCGACAGCGUUCGGAGGAUGACAGGCGCGCGUUGGCAAUAAUGGAACAAUCUACACGUUUCGUUGAUGGACAAUUCGUUGUGAGUCUACCCUACAAGAGCUCUACUCCUUUCUCAGAAAGCAAAAAGAUGGCAUUGUCUCGUUUGAAGUGCACAGAGCGAAAAAUUGCGAAGAUGGGAAUUGCUGAUAAAUAUGCAGACAUUAUGCAAGACUAUCUGGACAAGAAAUACGCUGUUCCUGUUUCAGAUGCAGAGCUUGAGUUGCCGAGGAGUAAUAUUUGGUAUCUGCCACAUUUCCCAGUUGAAAACGUGAUGAAGCCGGGCAAAAUCCGAAUUGUGUUUGAUGCAGCAGCGAAGUCAAAUGGUAUUUGUCUGAACGACAUGCUCAUCACCGGACCGGAUCUACUCAAAUCGUUGCAAGGAGUACUUCUACGGUUUCGCCGUAGAAAAAUUGGAUUUGUUGGGGACGUCAAAGAAAUGUUCAACCGGAUCUGGAUCUCUGAAGCAGACAGCUGGUCACAGUGUUUCGUUUAUCGCAGCAGUCCCAGAGACCCCGUACAAACUUAUCGGAUGAAAGCUAUGAUUUUUGGAGCGAAUUCGUCCCCAUUUAUUGCUCACUAUAUAAAAAAUCAUAAUGCACAACUUCAUGCUGAUGAGUAUCCUGAAGCCAGCAAUGCAAUCGUGCACGAUCAUUAUGUCGAUGAUUUUUUGGGAAGUGAAGACGACGUAUUCAAGGCUGCAGAGCUUAUCCAGGAUGUCAUCCAAGUCCACAAGGCUGGUGGAUUCGAGAUUCGCAAUUUUCGAUGUAGUUCUGAAGAAGUGUUGGACAGCAUCCCACCUCACCUGAAAGCAGAAACGUGCAGUUCGGAUAUUAGUGAUGGAGUACAGCGAGUUCUUGGGCUGCUAUGGGAUAGCGAAAAGGAUUGUUUCACUUUCUCGACCAAUUUCUGCAAAAUUGAUUCAGCUAUACUCUCAGGCAAACGCGUACCAACGAAACGCGAAGUUUUGUCUGUAGUAAUGUCAAUUUUUGACCCACUUGGAUUUGCCACUCCAAUGACAAUCGGAGGAAGGAUCCUACUACAACAGAUUUGGCGCAGUGGAAUUGGAUGGGAUGACCAGCUGGAGGAUGGUGCUAGGAAGAAGUGGUCGAAAUGGUUGAGCAAUCUUUCUGCAAUAACAAAUGUUCGCGUCCCUCGUUGUUACAACAGCAAUCUCCGAACCAGCGACAAGACAGAACUUCACGUGUUUUGCGACGCCAGUACUAUGGCAAUGGCUGCAGUGGCGUACUUGAGAGUCGUCAAAGGUGAGCAGGUGGAUGUUUCGUUUGUUGCUUCGAGAGGAAGGGUUGCUCCCGUACGCUUCAUGUCAGUCCCUAAAUUGGAGUUGCAGGCUGCGUUGCUGGGAUAUCGACUGUCCUUAAUGGUGAAAAAAGAGAUGGAAAUAGACAUACACAGUAUUGUUUUCUGGACUGACAGUCGCACGGUUUUGUGUUGGCUGAAAACAAAGAAGGCGUUGAAGACAUUCGUUGCUAACAAAGUAGGGGAAAUAUUGGAGCAAUCAUCCCCGGACGAUUGGCAUUAUGUCUCCACACUGGAUAACGUAGCUGACGAAGGGACAAGAGAUACGGAAGAACUGGACAUGUCUACGACUGGAAGGUGGUUCACCGGACCGGAUAUGUUGAAGCACAAUGUCACAGAUUGGUCAACGGUGGCUGGAAACGAGGAUACAUCCGAAGAAGCUGAAGAUGAAUGCUGUACAGAAACAUUAGCAGUGAACACUGUGCUCGAAUGUGAUGCAGGGCUGCCUGAUGUUAACCGGUUCAGUCAGUGGAGAAGAUUGAUUCGUUCGACAGCAUUUGUACGCAAAUUCAUCGAUAUGUGCAGAGGCAAGAUGAGUAACGGAAAAAUUCAACCACGUGACGAACAGGCAGCGAAUAUGCUAUGGGUGAAAACUGUGCAAAAGGAUCAGUUUCCUGAAGAGUACGCUGUUUUGAUGAACCAUGGCAAGUUGAAAGCUGAAGCUAAGCUGAAAACGUUAGCACCUUUUUUGGACUGCGACGGGAUAAUGCGUGUCGGAGGAAGGCUGAACAAAGCAAAUGUGGAACCAGCUUUCAAAGCUAUCAUCAACGGGCUCAUCAUCAUGGACGUGAACUUGUGUUGA